CUCCCUCGUCCCGCCUUUCCCACCCCGGCGGCGGGCACGGCGCGGCCCCGCGGCGCAGCGUUGCGCAUGCGCUGUGGCGGCGCCUGCGCAGCAGCGGCCGCCGAGAUGGGCAGGAUUUAGCUGCUCUCGCCCGCUGUGAGGAUGGACAGCGAGGUGCAGAGGGAUGGCAGGAUCCUGGACCUGAUUGACGAUGCGUGGAGAGAAGAUAAAUUGCCCUACGAGGACGUGGCCAUCCCUCUGAAUGAGCUCCCUGAACCAGAGCAAGACAACGGUGGCACCACUGAGUCUGUGAAAGAGCAAGAAAUGAAGUGGACAGAUUUGGCUCUCCAGUAUCUCCAUGAAAAUGUUCCACCCACGGGAAAUUAGUGAAUCAGUGGGAUUUCAUACAGUGGAUGCAUGAAUGCAACAUAAAAAUAUUUUUCAGCUGACCAUUGCUGCCCUAAGGAGGAAACAACAUUAGAGAAACUUUCAGAUUCCAACAGUUGUUCUGCUCACAAUGAAGAGUUUAAAAUGCUUCUUUCUUGAAUGUGAAAUAGCAGAGGCUCUGACAUCUCAGAGCCAAGUGCAAAAUGUUUCAUGCUUAUAAGAUUAUUUCAUGUUUUCUGUUAAAUUGUUCUUAAAUUGGUGCCAGUUCUGAUCUUAAAUGUUUUCUACACGUGAUUAAAAAGUUUUUACUGUC